AUGUUCAGUCGUCUCGGUCAAGUCGCCCGCCAUCUCACUCGACCGUCACUCAACCUCUCUUCCACGCCUACCUUCACCUCGCCCUCUCUGACCCCGCCCCUGCUUCGUACACCAUCCCCCAAAAUGACAUCAUCCGUCCUCCCGAAGAACAAGAGGACCAUUCACACGGCAGCAUGCCUGAUCAUUGGUGACGAGGUUCUUGGUGGAAAGACCAUCGACACGAACUCCGCCUUCUUCGCCAAGUUCUGCUUCUCCCUCGGCAUCCAACUGAAGCGCAUCGAAGUGAUUGCCGACGAUGAGAGCGAAAUCAUUGAGGCAGUGCGACGUAUGAGCGACCGCUAUGACUUCGUCGUCACCAGUGGAGGCAUUGGCCCAACCCACGACGACAUCACCUAUGAAUCGAUAGCCAAGGCCUUUGGUCUGAACCUAAAGCUCCACCAAGCCGCCUUCGAGCGUAUGAAGAAGCUCUCCAAGCCCCAUCCCAUGCAGCCAAAUUUCGACUGGGACACCCCGUCACCUAGUCUGACGGCGAAGCUGCGCAUGGUCGAGAUCCCUCACGACGAGUCUGUGCCUUUGGAGGAACAGGCUGUGUUUGUUGCGGAUGAUAUGUGGGUGCCCAUUGCUAUCGUGAACGGCAACGUCCAUAUCCUUCCUGGUGUUCCUCGUCUCUUCGAACGGCUACUCGAGCAUCUCAAGCCGAACCUGUUGCCUCGCUUGGUCAACCCGGAGGGAAAGGGCAUCUAUCGCUACCUGUUCAGCACACCACUCCCGGAGAGUACGGUCGCCCCCUACCUGACGGAACUUGCUACUCGUGUUGCUUCGAAGAACAUCAAAGUUGGCAGUUACCCCCGGUGGGGUAAUAAGCGCAACACUGUGACUCUGGUCGGCACUGAUAAGGAGUUCAUGGACUCGCUUAUCGCAGAGGUGGAGCAGAAUGUCGAGGGAACCAAGGUAACUCGAGAGGAUGAGCUUGACCCUCCCUCGGACGCUGAGGAGGGCAAAUAA